AUGUCAUGGGACAAAACUCAUCACUCGUUCAUCAGAGGGAAUCCACCAUCAUUUGCAGGGUCCACAGAUGUCAUGUUAGCAUAUCAGUGGAAACAAGAGAGCGAACGUCAUCUUCAGAUGGUAGUCUGUACCGAAGUGCAGAAACAGAUGUUAGCUACUUUUAUGCUGAUAGGCAAUGUGUUGCAGUGGUGGGAGUCUAUCACUACCAUUGAAGAGAGGACCAGGUUGACAUAUGCUGAAUUUCAGACUCGCUUUGAUAGCAAGUAUUUUCCCUUGUCAGUAAGAUCAACGAUGAAGACCGAAUUUCUGGAUCUACAACAGGGGGAUAUGACUGUGGCCGAAUAUGAACAGAGGUUUAUCAAUUUGUCUUUAUUCGCACCAGAGGAGGUGGAUACUGAAGAAAAGAAGAGAGACCAUUUUGUUAAGGGGUUAAUAUGGCCAAUUAAAAUGGUGAUCAUAGGUAGUCCUGCAUAUACUACUUACAUACAGGUGGUUAAUGCUACUUUACAGCACUGCCAGAUAAGGAAUAAUUACCGGAAAUCCAAGGGAGAUAAAUGGGCUAAUCGAGACUUCACUCACCAGAUAGUGGAGAGUGGAAGCAGUAGUGGUACCAAGUUUAAUGACCGGGGCAGAGUUCAAGGACAUUAA